CGAAACGGUCACUCUGCGCGUCCAUCACAUUUUUGGUUUAAUCGAAUUGCUUCGCCCUGAAUUGUUUUACGUAUUUGCCGAUUAAAUCAAAAUGCCUGCGGUUGUGCGUAUAAAGCGGCGCAUCGACGAGGAACCCCACACGGCCUUUGUGCUUAACGGCAAGCGGAGGCGCCUCCAAAACGAUGAGAAUUCUCUGGAGGAUGCGGGAGCAGUGGCGGGAGCGGCGGCAUCAGACAAAGACGAGCUGACCACCGUGCUUAAGUUUGCCGGCACGCUGGAAAGGCAGGACGAUUGUGCCACUCGACAAUUUGCGGCUGCCAGACUGAACAAAACCACGGCCCGUGAGUUGGUGCAACAGCAGCGCUCCAAUGAUGCGGCCAUUGCCAGUGCCCUGCGGCGGGAUCGCCAGCGCCAGGAGGCCCAGCAAAAUGCCCGAGAGCAGCGCUUCCGGGUGGUUAACUGCCUGCGCAGUACCCUCGAGGAGAAUGCCAACGAAGCGACAUGCUCGGAGGACCAGAACCAGGAGCCACAGCCCAGCAAACGUCACAUAACCAUUGUGGACAUUGAAUCACAGCAGCAGCAGCAACAGCAAUCGGGAUUGGAAAAUGCCACAAUUCAAGAUCGACAGCAGGAUACAGAAACCAGCCAUGAUCAGCAACAGCCCGCCGAUUCCGAUGUGGGUUAUGUUUACGAUCUAUAUGUUCCCGAGAACGAGAUGCAAGCGGCCUAUGUCGAUAUGAUGGAUGACAACUAUCUAAGGUUGUAUUAUCCGUUUAAUUACUACAACAACUGCUACUGGUAAACAUGACAAAAAUCUGAAUCUGAGAGACAGAGAGACAAAGCCCAGGCAUUUAAGAAGUGUGAUGACACCCAACACCCCACCCACGACAAUAACAAAAGGACUGCAACUGGCAUCACACAUCACGAAUAGUUCAUUAACAUCAGCAUAUGACAAAUGCCUAAAAACUAUAAACACGGCAUGAUUAUAACGAUACAGUGCUGAAUCAACCAUUGAUGUUGCUGAAAACUAUUUUUUAUUAAAAAUCUGAAACGAACAUUUACACCUGCUAACAAAACUGUGUUUGUGAGAUUCUGUACAAUAUAAUUAAAAAUAUGUUAUUCCAUAUUCAAAUGUUAAAAUAAUAAUCAUCAAAUUGUACUAUAAAUAUGUAAAGUUUUCAUAAUUCCUGCUUGCCAAAGUCUUUAAAUAAAAAUUAGUAUUUCUAAGUAUUCUAUUAAAUUCGAAUUUAAAGUAAUAGUUUUUAUUAUACCUUGUUUGAUAAAUCGGCUUCGCGUUUUAGGCAAAUGUCUCAUUAUCAUAAGUUCCUAGAUUUAAUUAGCUUUUAGCUUCACACGCACACACAAACACACCCCGCAUAUUCUAAAACUGAGUAUUUUUCAUUUAUUUUUGGCUAGUUGUCAGUUGCCUUUUUGUUUUUUAUUUCUGAAAAGAACCAUAGUGCUGAAGUCUAAUUAAGUGCAUAGUUUUAAUUUAAUUUGCUUUAUUUUUGUUGGGGUCUAGCGUUGCCCGAAAUCGAAAGUAAACUGAAUAAAGAAAUGGACUAAAAUACAUGACAAA